AUAACUGUUAGUAGCAACUGUACCCAUUUAAAAGGAAAAUAUGAUAUAUUUUGGCAUUCUCUUGAUUGUAAAUCCUCAUUGAUUGUAUGUUUUUUGUUUGAUUUGCCAUUAACAACAUUGAAAAAUGUCAAAUUUUAUUGUUAAAAUUGCCCUGUGGAAUACGAAAUUUUUGGUGAACACUUAUACGGCUAUUACUUUACCAUUCUAUACUGUGUAUCAACGACCAUGGCAAAAAUUACGUGCAAACAAAUCAUUCAAUGUCCGUAUGGAAAAGGAUAAACAUGGACGUAUAAUUUAUUCACGAGAAGCAGCCAUACGAACUGAUCAUAAAUAUUUUCACUGUAAAACAUAUAACGAAGCAUUGGCUACGCUCGAUCGCAAUAAGAUUAAAGUUGGCCAAAGAGAUAUCAUCAGUGAAGAAUUGCAAUAUGAUCAAAAUGGACAGCCAAUCAUGGUUGAUGGUCGACAUUUGAGUAAAAUGAAACUAUCAGAUUAUAAAUGGUUCACGGUUGGACAGAUACUAGAUCGCGCUGAUGCCAUUGCUCGUGGCUUAGAACAACUUGGUGUAAAAAAAGGUGAUAAAGUGAUGAUCUAUGCGGAUAGUAAUAUUGAAUGGUUUCUGAUUGCAUUGGCUUUGAAUCGUUUAUGUGCAAUAACUGUCACUUUAUUCUCAACACUUGGUGAUUCGGGUGUUCUAUAUGGCCUGAAUCAAAGUGAAUCAGAAUAUCUGAUCGUCGGAGAAUCAUUGUUGAAACGAAUCGAUAAACUUGAUGAUCAAAUUCGAUCAAUCAAAAAAAUCGUCUAUAUUGCCGAUUCUCCGAAUUCGUACAAAAGUCGUGAUCAAGCAGUCAAAGAUUCAAAAGAAAAACUAUCGAAAAAAUAUACUUUAAUGUCAAUGCAACAGCUGGAAAAAAAUGGUAAUAAUAUUCUACCGCAUCCUUUUCCAGAGCCUAAAAUCGAUGAUAUAAUGCUUAUAAUGUAUACAUCGGGAACAACUGGCGAUCCAAAAGGAGUAGUGUUGACGCAUGAAAAUUUUAAUGCGUUUCUGAGAAAUUUAUUGAGAAGAGAUUUAGAAUCACCGAUACAAUUAUUUAAUGCUACAUUUCCGGCAUUUUUACCAAUGGCACAUAUGUUUGGUUUUACAGCUAAUCUGGCAUUCUUUUUGUCCGAUGGUAAUUUCGGUUUUUCUUCACCAGCUACGUUGUUAAGUUCAUCUCCUGUACAUGAACCCGGACAAAAAGGGGAUAUCAAUUUGCUACAACCAAUAUCAUUUAUAGGUGUUCCAUUAGUACUAGAAAGACUUUUAAGUGAAAUUUAUCGAAAGUUGAAUGAUCGAUCACCAUUAGCGACACCUAUUUUCAAUUAUUUAAUGAAUUAUAAAAUACGAUGGCGAUCACGUGGCUAUGAUACUCCCAUUAUUAAUCGUUUGGUAUGUCGACGAAUCAAUGAACAAUUUGGUGGCCAAUUAAAGAUGAUGGUCGUUAGUGGUGCUAGUUUUAAUGAACGUACGCAUGCAUUGGCAACCGCUGCAUUAAAUGUUAAUUGUAUUAUGAAUGCUUAUGGGAGCACAGAAAUAGGUGGAUCGACAAUGAUGGCCCAAAAUGAUCUUUGCUUCGGCAAGUCCGGUAUACCUAUUGAAGGUGUUAAAUUCUAUCUGGAUGAUUGGCAUGAAGGCGGAUAUUCAGUUAAUGAUAAGCCUAAUCCACGUGGUGAGCUUGUAGUCAGUGGUCGUUCGGUUGCAUUAGGAUAUUACAAAAAACCAGAAGAAACAGCUAAAGAUUUUAUUGUUGAUGAAGAAGGAUGUCGAUGGUUCCGAUCAGGUGACAUCGGUGAAAUAUUUCCCGAUGGUACAUUGAAAAUUAUUGAUCGUAAAAAAGAUUUAGUCAAAUUAUCGAAUGGUGAAUUCAUUUCUCUUGGAAAGAUUGAAGCCGGUCUUCGAACAUCUGGAUAUGUGGACAAUAUUUGCAUUGUUACGGAUCCAUUCCGUAACGAUAUUGUAGCAUUGAUCUUGCCAAAUCGUCAAACAUUGAUGCAACUUGCAACAAAAUUGAAUAGAUCACUUGAUUUCGAACAAAUGUGUGAUGAUCCAAUCAUCAUUCAAAGUGUUUUAGAAUCAAUACAGAAAAAAUGUAAAGAAUUAAAUUUCAAAAAACCAGAAACACCUGUCAAAAUAGCAUUGGUCAAAGAUGAAUGGACACAAGAUAAUAAUCUAUUGACUGCUGCAUUCAAACUACGAAGAAAACCUGUUAUCGAUUUCUAUCAUGAUAUUAUUCAACAAAUGUUCAAAGAAAUUGACAAUAAAGUUUAAAUCUUUUUUUUAA